GGCACUGUUGCAGCAAUAGCACUGAACAUCCAAGAGGCACACAAAUUCACCCUAGGCCAGAAGAUGACUGUGCUAGUAUCCCACACAGUGUCUGCAGUCCUGGAGGCGAAAGAGGGACAUUGGCUUUCCCCACAGAGAUUCCUGAAGUACCAGGCCAUACUGGUAGAACAAAAUGAUGUUGAAAUGGUGGUAACUAACAUUGUGAAUCCAGCUUCUUUCCUCAGCAAAAGCAUGGAAGAACCAGUGAUCCAUGACUGCCUGGAGACCAUUGAAGCCUCCUACUGCAGUUGCCCAGAUCUGAAGGACACCCCUCUCGAGGAUGCUGAGACCUGGUUCAUUGAUGGGAGCAGCUACAUCAUCAGUGGAAAAAGACAUGCUGGGUAUGCAGUUACCACAAGCAGAGAGGUAACGGAGUCUGCACCAUUGCCAACAAACACCUCUGCACAGAAGGCUGAAAUAAUUGCCUUAACCCAGGCCCUAGAGCUGGCAAAAGGAAAAGAAAUCAACAUUUAUACAGACUCAAGGUAUGCAUUUGGAGUGGUUCAUGCACAUGGAGCUAUUUGGAAAGAAAGAGGACUGCUGAACUCACAAGGAAAAACUAUUAAAAAUGCACAAGAAGUGCUAAAACUAUUAGAUGCAGUCCAGUUACCAGAAAAGGCAGCUAUUAUGCACAUCAAGGCACGCCAAAAAGUGAGCUCUGAACUGGAAGAAGGAAAUGAGCUGGUGGACAGAAAAGCAAAAGAAGCAGCCAAAGGUGAGGUAAUUAUUAAAACAAUUGAGGCAGCUUUAAUCCCAGAUGGGCAAAUUUCUAUGGAAGGUAAGCCAAGAUACAAUAAAAGGGAUAAAAAGCGCAUUAGGGAAGAAAACGGGAGUUACAACCAGGAGGGGUGGGCUAUUACAGACAGAGAAAAAGAUAGGUUUGUGAUCCCCUCUUACAUGUUAUGGUUAUUAGUGAAAAAGGAACAUGAGAAAACACAAUGGGGAAUUGAUGUUCUGUACAAUUAUUUGAAAGAUCAAAUCAUGGCCAGAAACUUGCAAGGUGCAAUAAUUCAGGUGACUCGCCAAUGUAGCCUUGCCUCCAAACUAAUCCCAAGAAUAUUCCUAAACCAAAGCCUGAACAAAUUGGAAAAGGCUAUGGGCCUGGGCAACAAUAGCAAAUAGAUUUUUCAGAACUACCCAGGAGAGGGGGGUACCAAUACUUAUUGGUAUUAACAGAUAACUUUUAAGGGUGGCCAGAAGCUUUCCCUACCAAAACUGUCAAAGCAUGAGAAGUAACCAAAGCAUUGUUAUUAGUAAAAGAAUUUACUAACUUUGAAGAAGGAGUGGGGAAUGAAUCAUGGUUUUAAAAAGUUAAGAUUUUUGC